CACCAAAUACUCGAAAUUCAGUACCAAAUACUCGAAAUCCAGUAUCAAACAUUCAAAAUCCUAAACUACUGGGAUUCUUUAUCAAGCUGGACAGUGAUAGAAGUAAUCGUUCUUUCGUAGUGCCAGAUUUAUCGAAGCUUUGUCUGACAUUCCGAAUAUUGCAUUACAGUCAGACCCCGAUAAUAUCAACACCACGUUGUUAG